AUGGCCGGGUGGCUUGUAAUGUUAUUUACGACACUUGGUAUUGCGGCGAGCGACUUCUUCUGUAUCAACCUUUCUACCAUCGCAAAUAUUCUAGGGAUGUCCGAAAGUAUGGCUGGCGUUACGUUUCUAGCAUUCGGUAAUGGAUCGCCUGACGUUUUUAGCACAUUUGCGGCUAUGAAAAUUAAUUCGGGGUCACUUGCCGUCGGCGAACUUAUCGGCGCUGCCUCUUUUAUUGCUGCCGUGGUAGCGGGUUCUAUGGCUAUUGUAAGGCCCUUCCGGGUCGGUAGGAGAUCCUUUGUUCGGGACGUCUGCUUCUUCAUUGUCGCCGUAUUAUUUGGUAUAUUCUUUCUAGCCGAUGGAAAGAUACAAAUGUGGGAAUGCAUCGUGAUGGUGAUGUUUUACUGCUUUUAUGUAUGCUUUGUCGUGGCGUGGCAUUGGGCCUCUCAGUCAAGAAAGCGAAGGAGGAGAAAAGAGAGAAGUGCUAGGGAACACUUUGUUGUGCCUGAAGAAGAAGAAACAAUUGAUGAUGAUGAUGAGGACGGUGGGGUAGGUGAGACCACCGGACUCCUGGACUCCACUCAUGAUUUCCGUGCUCUUGAGCGAGGGGAAAGCGAAGACAACGACGAGGAAGAACAGGAGCAGCAAGCGUAUGCAGAGUUAAGCAAUAGUAUGCGACUUACUAGGCCACCCAUGGAGAGGCACACUACACCAGCUACACCACAUGGAAUCAGGCCUUCUCUAGUUGGCGCUUUAGAGUUUCGAGCAGUGCUAUCCUCUCUAGAAAAAAACAAAAAUUUACAAGGGCGCCCUAUCCACCUUCGUCGAUAUUCAGACGGCCCCUUCUUAAGCUUAAACACUUCAUCAUAUUCAGCUCCUGGGUCCUUGGUUAUCCCAGGAAAUUUUGGAGACCGCCAAUCGUCCGAAGAUGACCCUGUUGCAGAUCCUAACGUUGGAAGAUCGCGUGGGCUGUCAUUGAAUGAUUCUGCUGGAGCCAAUGUUGAUCAUGAAUACUUUGGCAGAUCAACAAAUGAUUCGCCUCGAGUCAAUAUAACACAACCGACACCUCUAUCUUCGCAACUCGUCUUGGCUACCGACGGGGCAUCGUUCACUCGGGCCAAAACUCCCGACUUUCUUGCGCCACCAUCUCCGACCGGGUACCCGAGAGGCUCAAGAUACUCGCCCACUCACUCUGAACCUGCAAGCCCAAUGAGCCAGGCCUCCUCGGGCGCCCCCCAGGUCGACUUGGCAUCGGAUUCCGGCUCACAGCGCUUCACCGAAUCUCCACGGCCCUUUGGCAGCCCAUCAGCCUCUCCUCCGCCUUCAAUCCGCCUCCCUCCUCCCUCUAUAGAUCCGGCAUCAUUAAGCCCACUACCUGCAGGUAACUGGAAGGUACUUAAAUACUGGCCAUACCAUAUACUUUCUCCGCCUCAAAUUUUAUUUGGAACUUUGUUUCCCACCCUUAGAGGGUUCAAAGGUAAAUCAUGGAUGGAAAAGUGCCUUGGUUUAAUCGCGCUGCCAAGUGUGUUUCUACUUACUAUAACACUGCCGGUCGUUGAGGGGGGAUCUCAAACCAGCGAUAAGACGCCGACAGUAGUCCUCGAACCUGAAAGCCCUGCCAGCACUAUUACGGGAGGAGACCUGAUGUCUACCAAUGGCGCUUCUAGUGGCCCUGGGCAUGGAGUGAGCGCAUCAGAUGGCGUUGGCCCAAAAGAGUGGAAUAGAUGGCUAGUAGCAAUACAAUGCAUCACUGCCCCGGUCUUCAUGGUUGUCAUGUUUCUUGCAGAUGAUGAGAUCCGACUGCUGAAGCCCAUCCUCUAUGCACUUCUUGGGGGAUUGAUCGCGUUAGCAUUUUUACUUAUUCUCACCACUCCAGAGAGGGCACCGCGGUGGAGAUAUCUUCUUUGUUUUGCUGGAUUUGCCGUGGCCAUUGGGUGGAUCAGCGCCAUUGCCAAUGAGGUGGUAGGCGUUUUGAAGGCGUUUGGAGUCAUAUUUGGUAUCAGUGAUGCAAUCUUGGGACUGACCAUUUUCGCUAUUGGAAACUCUCUUGGUGAUCUCGUGGCUGACAUUACCGUUGCCCGGCUCGGUUUCCCGGUUAUGGCGCUCUCUGCAUGCUUCGGCGGCCCCAUGUUAAACAUUCUUCUGGGAAUCGGUAUUUCAGGGCUUUACAUGACAACAAUCUCUCAUUCACACAAGGAUGCAGAUUACUACCCUAUAGAAGUUUCCUCUACACUAAUCAUAUCCGCCGCUACACUUCUCAUCACCCUGGUUCUACUGCUGAUUGCAGUGCCAUUGAACCGAUGGAUGAUGACGAGAAAGAUUGGAUUUGCCCUUAUUGGCCUGUGGGUUGUGAGUACGGUUGUUAAUAUUGUUGUCGAGUUGACAGGCUUAGGGAGUAAAUGGGGAGGCAAAAUCGCGGUUUGAUAUGUAUUUGACAUAUUUCACGGAGUUGGGGCUUGGAUCAUGAAUGUGGUACUGUAUCUUUAAUGCUUUACUUAGUACUUGUUUAAGCGGUAUAAUUCGAUCAUCUCUUCAGCUGUG